CCUACGUCAACUCUCGUUUAGGGGCGGGGCGCGUAAAUAGAGAAUUCUAAAUAAAGGACCGUGCAGAAAAAUAGCCAAACUAGCCUUAUAUUAGUUAAUUGUCGGCAGGUACAAGGUAAAUUAGUGUGAUGCCUAUUCGCCGUGCAGCAGCGACUCCACCCCAGGAGAAGGCCCCCGCCUCCGCCGCCGCAGAGAAAGAGGACGACGCCACCUCUGAGGACUCUCCUUCGGCUGAUGAGGAGCAGGCUGCGUCCUCAGCCACAGCAGCCAAGGAGACGGAGGAAAAGGCAGAAGGUGAAGGAGAGCCGGCAGAGAAUGGAGAGAAAGCUGACGAAGCAGCUGCAGACAAGAAAGAGGAGCCCGAGAAGAAAGGUUCGGCUUUUCCUGCGGUGACAAACGGACAAAGUGAAAAAUGCAAGGACUGCGCCGCUGGACAAUGCGCGACACACUGCUAUGUUCUCCUUCUCAGGCUGAAGGAUGGCUUCAAGUUAGAGAAAGCGAAAGUCAAAAAGGUGAAGAGGACUAUUCCAGCAUGGGCUACUGUCACUGCAAGCAAAAAGGUUCCUGUUACCAAUUUUGCAGGCACUCAGUUCAAGAUGGAAAAUAUACUCCUUGAGGCUAUUCAGUCCUGCGAGGAAAAGGGUGGGGUGUCAUCCAAGACUUUCAUGAAAUACAUCGCAAAGAAAUACCCAGGCCUGGAUUUGGACAAGAGGAAAUUCCUCAUUAAGAAAGCCCUGAAGAAACACGUGGAGAAGGGCACACUUAAACAGCUCAAGGGUAAAGGCCUUGCUGGCAGAUUUGUCAUUGGAAAGCAACCCACUUCAGCUAAGAAAAUUGCGGUGGCUCCUGGAUUGAAGACUGAGACCCUGGGAGAUGCUCUGCCCCUUAUCAUCACUCGGCUCUGUGAGCCCAAAGAGGCCUCUUACAUCCUGAUAAAGAAAUAUCUGGAGCAGCAUUUUCCCCAUCUUGACAUUGAACAUAGGCCUGAGCUCCUGAAGGAAACCCUGUUGAAGGCAGUGGAGAAAGGUCAGCUGGAGCGAAUCACUGGGAAAGGAGCCAGUGGGACUUUCCAGCUGAAGGGUACUGGUAAUAAGGUACUGCUGAAAGGAGGGGACUUGGAGGACGCCAUCACUGCUGCAAUUACAGCCAUGAAUGAGCCUAAAACCUGCAGCACCACCACACUACGCAAAUACUUAAUUGAUUCCAACAAGGAUACUAAGGAAUACCGCUUAGUGGCUACUCUGAGGAGGACCCUGACAAAGUGCAAAAUGCUUGGAUGGAUGGAGCAGAUCACUGGGAAUGGCCUCAACGGGACCUAUCAGCUGUCAUUCCCCUACUACCCCAGCCCAGCCACCCUAUACCCUGACAGGGUCAUAGCACCACCAAAGAAAAAGGUGGAUGUAGUCAAGCGGAGGCGAACAGUUGAGUCUUCUGACGAGGAGGAAGAGUCAGAUGAUGAACCACCUCCCCCUAAGCGGAGAGCUCAGAAGAGGCCUCCACCCAAAGGACGCCGAUCUCUACCAAGUGAGAGAUCACAAGGCACCGGUCAGUCAAAAGCUAAGCGCAAGAGAACUACCCUGGCGAAGAAAGCUCCAGCCAAGAAAGUGGUGUCUCGAGGUAAGAGCUCAAAGGCCAAGGCAAAGAAGGCUGCAGAGACGGCCUCUAAGAAGCAAUCCGCAUCACCGGCUAAAGCCACGCCUGUCAAGAGAGCAGCUCCUGCAAAGAAGCCCAAAACACCAGCUGUUAAAAAGCUGACUAAAAGUGGGUCCAAGCGACCUGCACCUAAAGAGUCAUCCCCUGAGCCCGAGGAGCCCAGAGCCAAAAAGGAGGUGAAGACCAAGCCGUCUACACGCAAGUCCAAGAGAGGGAAAAACUGAGCCAGGUGGCGCCCACCAUGAACAAGGCUCUGAAGAAGGCAGCACUCUGCCACUUUGUCUCAGUGCUCUCUUUUAUGUCAUUGUUUUCUCUCUUUCUGAGGGGGCGGUAGAUUUUUUUGUAGGAUAGGGAUGUUCUCCUAUCGGUUAAGCAAGUUUACUGUACAUUAAGGGCAUCUGAAGUUCAUUUUCCUUUUAAAUACAUUGUGUAGAGCAGUUCAGUCAAUGUUGCCGUUUUAAAAACUAAAACAGGAGUGUGAGAAACUGCCGGGGUUGAGAACUGGUUUUUAUUGAUCACAACUCUUUAUUCCCUUCUCAUGUUCUUCUUGGUAAAGCAUAGCAUAGAUCCAAUAUAAUGUAACUAGAGCCAUGUAGUGACAUCUGUUUUUAUUUUCAUUAUUUUUUUAUAUCUUGUACCCACUCUUUAGCACACAUUCCUACUAUCAAAUACAAUAUAACGUGUCUUGGGUGGGCUGGACGAUGACUGUCCAGUUUAAAUUGAAACUUGAGAUGCUCAAACUGAUAUUAUAUUAAGUCACAUAUUUUUAAAAGACCCUUUUCCUGUGUUCUGAAACAGUUAAACAAUAAAUUUAUGGCCACAGAGUAUAGGCCUCAGAAUGUUCUGUUACCCAAAAUACAGACUGAACACCUUAGGACGUAAUGGACGUUAAAGAGGAAGCACACACUACGUAGUAUUCAUUUCAAACCAAUACAAUGUUGUAUUGGAGAAAAAGUCUUUCUUUGUGAGUCAAAAGUAAACACAUUGAUUUCCUCACAGCUCUAAUUCAGUACCAAGCUGUAAGAAUUGUGUGUUGUGAAUAAGAAAAAAGGAGGAUAAUCGCUCAUACAUACCCUGCAUGCAUGUACUCCUUGUGUUGUUAAGCUUUUUUCCAAGUCAUUAAUAAAAUGGCUAUAUUUGUAAACA